GACUCUGAUAAAAUAAACAAUAAACAAUAAUUAACACACAGCUCGGAACCUAAUUGGCGAGCCAGCUAGCCGGCGAUUCGGAACGCCAGAAAUGGUGUCGUUAACCUCCACCGAAUUGAACUAUCUCGUCUUCCGAUAUCUUCACGAAUCUGGCUUUACACAUUCAGCAUUCACUUUGGGAUAUGAGGCAGGAAUCAAUAAAAGUACCAUAGAUGGCAAUAUGGUUCCACCAGGAGCUCUCGUUACAUUUGUCCAAAAAGGGAUACAGUAUCUCGAGCUGGAAGCGAACGUUACUUGUAAUGAUGCAGACAUAGAUGAAGAAUUUUCAUUCAUACAACCUCUGGAUCUCAUAACAAAGGAUGUCUAUGAAUUACAGAAGAUUAUAAAGGAGAAGAAAGAAAGUCUCCAAAAAAAAAGACGCAGGGAAAAAGAGAAAGGUAACGAUGUUUCUCAAAGUGAACUUGACAGAGAGCAUGCUCGAGAAAGGGAGAAAGAACAUGAGCGAGAGCAUGCUAGAGAACGAGAACAUGCUCGAGAAAGAGAAAAAGAACGUGAAAGAGAGAAGGAACGUGAGAGAGAGAAGGAGCGUGAAAGAGAACAUGCUCGAGAAAGGGAGAAGGAACAUGAUCGAGAAAGGGAGAAAGAAAAACAACACAGGGAGAAAGAAAGAGAGCGGGAGAGAGAGAGAAUAGAGAAAGAAAAAGAGAGGGAAAGAGAUAAGGGCAAAGACAAAGAAAAGCCACAUACUGAUCUUGCUGGUGCAAGGCAUGAUGGAGACAAAAUAAAGAUUGAACACAAGGAAAACAAUGCUGAGCCGAUGGACAUAGAGGCAGUUGAAAUUUCAUCAAACUCUACAGCUAAGCCUUGCAUUAUUCCCAACUCUGAUGUGACAGUUCUAGAAGGGCACACUUCUGAGGUUUUCGUAUGUGCUUGGAGUCCAUUAGGUUCGCUUCUCGCAUCAGGUGCUGGGGACUCCACAGCCCGUAUUUGGACAAUUGGCGAAGGACCUUGUAGCGCCAAUAUGCAAGGCAUUCUCCCAAAUUGUGCAGUGUUAACUCAUUUUAAGGGUAAAACACCAAGCAAGGAUGUGACAACGUUGGAUUGGAAUGGUGAGGGUACAUUACUUGCUACAGGUUCUUAUGAUGGCCAGGCAAGAAUAUGGAGUAGAGAUGGGGAGUUGGUGAAUACUUUGAAUAAACAUAAAGGCCCAAUUUUCUCUUUGAAGUGGAACAAGAAGGGUGAUUAUCUUCUAACGGGAAGUGUCGACAAAACUGCAAUUGUGUGGGACAUCAAGACAGGGGAAUGGAAGCAGCAGUUUGAGUUUCAUUCUGCUCCUACUCUUGAUGUUGAUUGGAGGGAUAACGUGUCAUUCGCAACUUGCUCAACUGACACCAUGAUCCAUAUUUGUAAAGUUGGCGAGAACAGACCAAUCAAUACUUUGUCAGGUCACGUGGGUGAAGUGAAUGCCGUCAAGUGGGAUCCUACUGGUCAGUUGCUGGCUUCAUGCUCGGAUGAUUCAACUGCGAAGAUCUGGAGCAUGAAACAGGAUACGUGCCUACAUGAUUUGAAGGAACAUACCAAGGAGAUAUACACCAUCAAAUGGAGUCCGACGGGGCCUGGUACAAACAAUCCGAAUCAGCAGCUGCUGUUGGCAAGUGCUUCUUUUGACUCAACAAUAAAGCUAUGGGAUGUGGAAUCAGGGGGCCUUCUCUACAGCUUGAAUGGCCACAGGGAUCCCGUAUAUACUGUUGCAUUUAGUCCCAACGGUGAGUAUUUAGCCAGCGGCUCCUUGGAUAAGUGCAUACAUGUCUGGUCCGUAAAGGAGGCAAGGAUAGUAAAGACGUAUGCUGGAAAUGGGGGUAUCUUUGAAGUAUGCUGGAACAAAGAAGGCGACAAGAUUGCAGCUUCUUUUGCAGACAAUGUAGUUUGUGUGAUGGACUUUCGGAUGUAAAACCAUACUUUGAUUGUAUUAGCCUCUCUGUAGAAAGGGUAAGAUAAUACCACACUUAUUUAGGUUAAAAGUUUUUGUCCGAUACAUCUAGUCAGAUGGGUAACUGAAUUGUUUAUAUUAAUGCACAUCUUAGUUUUGACAUUAAA